AACAGACAAUUGAUAAAAGGGUAUUUGGAAUGAUUUGUCCAAAACCCAACUUCCAAACGAACCCUUAAGGCUUGAACACCUGCAGAUGCAAGAAACCUUGGGACAAGUGCGGGCCUUUUAAUGGGGUGGAAAAUCUUUAGCACUGCAGGUAUUUGGAAGCAACAGCAUUUCUAAAUUUCUAAUCUUCAGGGAGAAGAACAUCACAACUCUCAGUUGAUGCUUACAGAAGCUAGGUUGUAAGGAGGGUGUUUGACAAAACCCAGCAGAAAACCAGGUUUUUCUUGAUCUUUUUGGUGUCAAUUUUCUUUAGGAUUGCUUUGGUAUCUUUCCGCAAAAUUGUGCAUUUAUAGACUGGAUGAUUUUGGUACCUGUGUUCUCUGAAUAAAAGAAAAGAUCCCUUCUGGUUUUAAGCCUUACAGUUUCAUAAUCUCUGAGAAAUUUGAAAAAGGGAAAAGAAAAAGGAAGAAAGAAAAGAUAAACGCCCAUAUGGCCGAUCCUCCAGACAACAAGGUGCUCAAGACCACCCAAGAAGAUGAUGGUAACGUUGAUAGGUUGAGUGCACUUCCGGACUGUGUACUGCUCUAUAUCCUCUCACGUUUCUGUUUCUGCACAAAAAGUGCAGCAGCCACCUCGGUAUUGUCCAAAAGAUGGAGAAACCUUUUCGUUUUGCUUCCUGAAAUUGAUCUAUAUUUCUUUGUGGACGAGGAUGUUUCUGACCGUGAUAGACUCUACUCAGAUUUUAUAAAUUUCACAAAUAGGGUGAUCCGACAGCGAAAUGAAGCUCCAAUUAGAAGAAUUCGACUCCUUGUGAGCCAUUUUUCGGAAAGGCACCGGAUGCUCUUUGAGUGGCUGUUGAUAUCUGUUGCUGCUGCAUUUUCUUUGUCGAUUAUCCAAGAACUUAAGAUUUCAAUCUUGAUUGACAGAACAACUAAGCCAUCUUCAAUAGCUGUUCCGCCUGUAAUUUUUACAUGUAAAACACUAGUUUCUUUAUCACUAAACCUUGGGGUGGAUUGGACGGUUCCGGAUUUGGUGUGCUUGCCUAAUCUCAAGGUACUUGACAUGGACAUGUUCAAAUUGGUAGAUGAAGCUUGUAUUGGGAAGUUUCUUCAGGGUUGUCCUUUGCUUGAACAGUUGAAGUUAUCUAUGCGACCUUUCAACCAUGAGCAUGACGCUGACGAACAUAUUGAAGUCAAUUUUGUUAAAAUCUCAAGUCCUGUGUUAAAGAGAGUGAUCCUCUGUUUCCAGGGAGUUGAAUCUGAGUUUACUACUGUUGUUGAGUCCAACAGUCUUGAACAUUUGUGCUUCUUCCUUGAUGGACAGCAUAAAGUUGCUAUAGAUGCCCCAAAUCUCAGGUCUUUGAAACUUGAUGGCGAUUUACUUGAAGUUGAUAUCAUUCAAAACAUGAUUUCUCUUGACAAUGCAUUACUGGAAAUUGAUUUUCUGUGUCAUAUGAGAACCAGAAGCGCCAUAAUUUCAUGCAGUGAGCGUGCUUUUAAGUUUUUUAGAGGAUUGCAAUAUGUGAAAUCAAUUUCUUUCUCAGAGAGCUUCCUUAUUGCUCUCUAUCUUUCUCAAAGGGUUUUGCCAACAUUCAGAAACUUGAUCAAAUUACAGCUUGAUCCUUUUGAUUGCCCUGCUUUUCCUCGUGAAUGCAUGUCUGACAUAUUAUCAAGCUUAUUUGAAAGUUCUCCGAACCUUGAAGUGCUUAUCUUCAGUGAAGUGUCCAAGAACUACUUUAGCAAAGAUGAAGAACUUAAUUCUGUUUUCCAUGAGGCUCUUCCACUAGUGUUGGUUGAAUGUCUUAAGGAAAUAGAAAUCGGAAAUUUUAAAGGGGAGGAACAUGAAUUGAAGCUGGUAGAAUUUUUUUUGGAGAGUGGGAAAUCUUUAAAGAAGAUGACUCUCUUUGGUCAUGCUGGUGUGUCUUUAUCAAAAGGUCUAGACAGGAUAUUGUCAUUCAAAAAGUGCUCAGACGAUUGCCAGAUUGUGUCAAAAGCGCAAUGGAACUGGUUUUUUCGCUCAAACUAUUACAAGCUGUUUGACAGGAGACGGAAAUCACAAGAUAUUGCAUGGAACCAAUGCAAACCAUUCAACAAUUUAGUCAUCUUGCUGUUAACGAUGACUGAUCAUGAUUACGAUCAUCCUUCGGAACCCAGAAGGGCUUUUAGAAGAAAAACCACCCCAGAUGACAGAUUGAGUGCCCUUCCUGAUGAAAUUCUUCUUCAUAUCCUGUCAUUUUUCUGCACGAAAGAUGCUGCAAGAACGUCAGUUCUGUCCACCAGGUGGAGAGACCUUUUUAUUUGGCUUCCUGAUGUUGAUCUUACUUUCUCUGAAGCAUACACGUGUAAUUUCAUGGAUAAGCGUCGCACAUUGUGCUGUCAUGCCCUAAAUAAGCGUGACAUGUUGCUCUGUAAGUCCAUAAAAUUUAUCAAUUUUGCCAAUCGAGUGAUUAUGCUACGAAAAGGGGCUCCUAUAAGAAAAUUGAAACUCUUUUUGGCUUCCGUUAUCCCAGGUAAUAGCGUGACAAUUGAUUCGUUGAUAUUUGCUGCACUUUCGUGUACACUCCAAGAAGUUGGUAUAUUUAUUUAUAGUGAUAAAAAUUGGAAAUUAGCUCGUGCUGGAUUAUUCUCUUGCAAAACGUUAGUUACUUUGAAAGUAAUCGGUGGUGAAGUGGAUUUGGUUCUGCCAGAUUCAGUUUAUUUACCAAAUCUUAAGGCACUGCACUUGCUUGAAUUGGCACCAGUAGAUGCUCAGUCCAUUACUAGGCUUAUCAACGCCUGUCCUUUGCUUGAAGAACUGGAGUUAGGUAUAGAAUCACACAAUUUGAGUAAAAGGCUUUUAACUAGAGCAGUCAAUUUAUCUAGUCCUUCACUGAAGAAACUGAUACUCUGUGGUCGCUUGGCUGGGUGUUCUUAUAUUAUUGAGGCAAAGAAUCUUGAGUAUUUGGAAUAUCGUGCCCGGCAAACGCAACAAAUUAGUCUAGAUGCCCCAAAUGUUAAGUAUUUGAUCUACAGUAGUCUUGACAGUAUAAACUUGAUUCAAAACUUGAAGUCUCUUGUUGAAGCCAAAAUCAGAGUUCACUGCUCCAGUUAUCCAACUGAAAGAGGCUUCUCAUUGAAUGAUUUGCAUGCUUUUGUUAAAGGACUGGAAAGUGUGAAGUCACUCUAUCUAUAUCAUUCUAGUCUGCAGGCUCUCUACCUUUGUCGUGAGUUGCUGCCGACUUUCAAAAAUUUGACUACUCUGUCUCUUGAUCCUUCCAAUGAUUUGUUUCUUACGAAUUAUGAUCAUACCUGUUUAUGGAAAGUGUUACCUAGCUUACUGAAAAACGCCCCUAAUCUUGAAGUUCUGAUCUUUGAUCAAGUGUUUAGGAACAGCUUUAGCGCAUCUGAGAAAUUUGAGUGUAUUCUGCCAGACGCAAUUCCAAUAUGCUCCGUUCACCAUCUUAAGGAGAUGGAAAUCAAAAAAUUCAACGGCGAGGAACACGAAUUCGAGGUAGUAGGGUACUUUUUGAAGAACGGGAUUUCUUUAACGAAGAUGACUCUUUGCGGAGUUAUGAAACCUUCAUCAGAAUCCUGCAGAAGGAUACUGUCAUUCUGGAAAUGCUCUGAGGAUUGCCAAAUUUUGUUCAAAGAACUCGAUUCAAACAGGAUUUGACGAUUGCCUAUAUGAUAGGGUGAUCAUCUCUUGUUAGUUUUGCAUCUAAAUUUCUAAUCAUAUGUUUUGACGCCAUUGUUGAAGCUAUUGGGAUGAAUUGAUUCUUUCUGAAGUUGAUCA